GCUGCGAAGUCAGUUUGAUGUUGUAUAUACAGCAACAUACCCGGGCCCCACUGCUCUCGUGUUCCCCAACGGCAAACCGACUUCAUCAGUGUAACCUGGAGGGGGAGCUCGUCCGGGGAUCAAAACAACCCUCUGCAGAUAGUGUUUGAAGUAUUCCACUAAUGGCUGAAAAAGAGGAGACACUGGACGCAUCUGAAAGCUAUGACAGUGCGGCACCAGCGAAGAAGACCGGACGGACCUCGUUGCUGGACAGCGGGGAGGACUUUGAGGUUUUAGAUGAAGAAGACAUUGACGAUGAGCCCCCUCCUCUGGAGGAUGCAGGUGGUGGGAAGGGGAAGAACACUGCUGAGCCUGAAAAGAAAAAUGCAGACACAGAUUCAGAGCCUCCAGGUCAAGUGGAUGAAUGGCUGGAUGUGUUAGGUAAUGACCAGCUGAAGAAAAAAGUCCUGGAGGCAGGGGAAGGGCGAGACAGUCGGCCACAGAAAGGACAGAAUGUAAAGAUACAUCUCAAAACAUGCCUGAGGGAUGGGACACUUGUAGAGGAGCAGCCUGACCUCUCCUUCACCCUCGGAGACGGAGAUGUCAUCCAGGCUCUGGAUCUCACAGUUCAGCUCAUGGAAAUGGGAGAAUUGGCCUUAAUCGAGUCUGAUGCAAAAUAUGCAUAUGGUGCCCGAGGGAGUCUUGAACCCGAGGUCCCCCCCAACGCUGAGCUGUCCCUCGAAGUGAAACUGUUGGAAGCCACUGAUGCUCCAGAUCUGGAGCUGCUGCCCCCCACUGAAAAGAUUGCCCUGGCCAGCCAUAAGAGGGAGCGAGGCAAUGUUCAUUAUCAGCGUGGGGACUAUGCUUUUGCUGUCAACUCGUACAGCAUUGCCCUGCAGAUAACGGAGUCUAGCUCUAAAGUUGACAUUACUCCUGAGGAGGAGAAUGAGCUGAUGGAUGUGAGAGUGAAGUGUUUAAACAACAUGGCUGCCUCUCAGCUGAAACUGGACCACUAUGAAGCAGCACUUAAAUCUUGUGUCUCAGCACUGGAACACCAGCCAGACAACAUAAAAGCACUUUUCCGCAUGGGCAAGGUACUAGCCUUGCAAGGUGAAUACACAGAAGCCAUUCAAACUCUGAGGAAGGCGCUGAAGUUGGAACCAAGCAACAAGACUAUCCACGCAGAGCUCUCCAAGCUGGUGAAGAAACACUCAGAGCAAAGAGGAGCGGAGCAGGCCAUGUAUAAGAAGAUGCUGGGAAACCCCACCAGUGGCAGCAGCACACAGAAACACCGAGCCAAGUCUUCAUGGGGUCUCAGCUGGAAAUGGUUAUUUGGUGCCACCGCAGUCGCCAUUGGUGGUGUAGCGUUAUCCGUCGUCAUAGCUGCUAGAAAUUGAAUCAAGCCUGCGAUGAGCCUGACUAAGCCCCUGCAAUGUGAGCCGAAACACAGAAGCACAUCUGGCAGUGCCUUCUGACCGUUGGUCAGAGGCAGGGAAAGGGGGUGGAAAUGUCAGCCGGUCAGUUGCCUCGUCACUGUCACUCUCCCUUCUCUGCUAUGUUUGAGAACUACAUGUGACAAAUAAUAAAACAUCACUAUUUGCAUAUGGGAACUGUAUUUCCAACCUUGUACAUGUGUAGGAUUAUGCAUAUCUGUCAUGUUGCCAGACACUGUUUUUAUUUGCUGCCGUUGUUUUUGUCUUUGGUAGUUCACGUUGAUUAUUUGAGCGUUGAAAUGUAAAAUAAUUUACUAUACAUUCAGAUAGGAGCUAUUUAAGAAUAUUUUUCCCACUAAGAAUAGCUAUUGUGAUUAUGGUCCUAUGUUAAGCUAUCAUUUUAAAGCGUCAGGUUGCGCACUUAAAUUUCCUGUCAAAGAUAUUAUGUGAUUUCACUUUGUUUUUAUGAUCCUGCAAUGUCUGCUGAUGUAACGCAGCUGCUUUAUUAUUUAAGGUCCACAUGUUUGCAAGGUAUCUGGCUUCUGUGCUCGCCCUCACACCCUUUCUAGAGACUCUACUCAUACACUAAGUGACCAGAAAAAUAGGAACACCUGUGCAAUGUAACAGUUUCUGUUGUGUGUCGAGACGGUUCUGUGGUGCAUAUUGAGGCUGGAGUUUGUUGUGAUGUUUUACUUAAAUUCCUAAAAUUGUAUCCACCUCAUUAACAUGUAUAAAAAAAAUCCACUACCUAAUGCAAUUAAAUAAAACAAAGUAAACUCCAGCCUCACAGAGUACCAUGGAAUUGAUGACACAGUGGCAAUAAACACAUGAUAACAUUUGACAAAGGUGGUACAUACACGACUUUGUGUUGUAUUGCAGUUUAAUGCCAGCGCGUUCUUUAUUCUUGGUCAUUUGUGUAUACAUACAUUAAAGCAGCAGCUAGAGUAGAUGUAUCUGCUUUCCAACAAUUGUUAAAUUACAAAUUCCUUGCCAAGAAAGGUGCAGUUAUUACCUUUAAAACAAGGACAGACAAUGGUACAUGUAGUUUCUCAGUGAUGUGGCUGCGACUAAUGCUGAAGUACAUUUUUUUAAUUCAAUUUCAGUCAGUUAUACCUCAACUUUUGAUGAUAAAGACCAAAUGUUGAAGGAUGACCCUUCAGGUACAAUGUUGGGUGUGUAUGUGUACAUUGUUUUGCCUGUGAAGUUUCCCUUAGUUGAUGUUGCUUUGGGUGUUUAUCCACUGGUUUUUGCUUUUCUUACAUAAUAAAUCUGUGGGUCCCCUUAGAGUGGACGGUACUGCAGGCCUGAGGAGCCAAAAGAUACAUAACCUUUGAACAUUUGACAAAUGAAGUGGUCGUGGAAGUUCCCAGCAUUCCCUGUAUUUGUUAAUUUUAUAUUCAUCACAAUAAAAUGUGUCUGUUGUCAAACUA